AUGAGCGGACAGGGUGCCCAAGAUGCCAAGUUCUUUCAAAGGGGCAAGAUCCAAGAGUUCCGCGCCGAGUUGCAGGCGGCGGAGACUAAGGACAAGAAAUUCACGAAACGGAAGACCGUUCUCAAGAAGAUAGUUGCUAACAUUACAAUGGGCAAUGACAUGUCACCACUGUUCAACGACGUGAUCCAAUGCCUAAGCAUACCUUCCCUUGAGAUCAAGAAGAUGGUAUAUCUCUUCCUGGUAUGCUACGGCAGAUCCAAGGCCGACCAAAUACGCCUCGUGAUGCCAAGCUUCCUCCAGGACUGUGAAGACCGGAAUCCUUUGAUCCGUGCCCUCGCAAUUCGAACGAUGUCAUACAUACCCGCUCCCAUUGUCGUAGAAGAGCUCGAAGACCCGCUACGGCAUGCUCUCAAGGACCGCGAUCCAUACGUCCGCAAGACCGCCGCCAUCUGCGUGGCGAAGCUGUACAACGCCGACCCACGGAAAUGCGAACGCAAUGGCUUCGUGGAGCUGCUCCGUGACCUCCUUCUGGAUACCAAUGCUACCGUCGUGGCAAAUGCUGUCGCUGCAUUGACCGAGAUCGGUGACCGGCAAGAUGGCGUUAUCUUCAAGUUAAACUUGACAGUUGCGAAUAAACUCCUAGCAGCACUGGGUGAAAGCUCAGAAUGGGGACAAAUCUACAUCCUUGACUCACUACUGCGAUAUGUACCCGAGAAGCAUGAGGACGCUGAACUGAUGGCUGAACGAGUUAUCGUCCAGCUACAACACGCUAACUCCGCUGUCGUUCUAACUACCAUCAAAGUUCUACUAUAUCUCAUGAACUACAUGGAGAACCGACGCUUGAUGGACUACAUCUGCAAGAAGAUGGGACCGCCAUUAGUGACACUACUAUCAUCUGGUCCUGAGGUGCAAUACGUAGCACUACGGAACAUACUGCUCAUCAUUCAACGACGACCACAAGUGCUCAAGAACGACGUGAAGGUGUUCUUCUGCAAGUAUAAUGAUCCAAUAUACGUCAAGCUUGCCAAGCUCGAGAUCAUGUAUCGUCUCGCAAGAGAAGAGAACGCCCGUGAGGUGCUCGCAGAGCUUCAAGAGUACGCAUCAGAGGUCGACGUCGACUUCGUGCGCAAAGCAGUGCGCUCAAUAGGCCGGCUCGCUAUCAAGGUGCAACCAGCAGCAGACGACUGCAUCAAGGCGCUCCUCGAGCUCAUCGAGACGAAGGUGACGUACGUCGUGCAGGAGGCCGUGAUCGUCAUCAAGGACGUCUUCCGGCGGUAUCCUGGGCGGUACGAGGGCAUCAUCCCCACGCUCUGCGCGAACCUCGACGCGCUCGACGAGCCCGAGAGCAAGGCAGCCAUGAUCUGGAUAGUGGGGCAGUUCGCGGACCGCAUAGAGAACGCGGACGAACUGAUGGACGACCUCACGUACACCUUCCUCGAGGAGCCGACUGAGGUCCAGCUCGCGCUCCUCUCCGCUGCGGUGAAGCUCUUCAUAUACAAGUCCCAGAGUGACACGACGAAGGCGCUCGUGCACAAGGUGUUGAAGUGGGCGACAGAAGAGGUCGAUAACCCUGACCUCCGCGAUAGAGGGUUCAUGUACUGGAGGUUGCUGGCGCUCAGCCCGUCGGGGGCGAGUGAGGUCAUCCUCGCGGAGAAGCCCGCGAUCACGACGGACGCGGAUCGUAUGGACCGCGGUGCGCUCGACCAGCUGCUCCUGCACACCGGGACGCUUGGUAGUAUAUACCAUAAGAACCCGGAGACCUUCAUCCGAGGCGCAACUGGCAAAGCGCUCACCGACAGCCCAGCCCUCAACCCCCUCUCGCGGCAAGUCCUCGUCCCCGUCGCGCGCACGCACCUCCUCCCCCCAGCCAGCAUCCGCGUGGCUGGCCCCGUCGACCCGCGCGUGGCCAACCCGCCCUCGCCCGUCCCGCCGCCCCGGCAGAACGGCGCGUCCCUCCCCGCGACGGCGCUCUCGCCGUCCGCAUCGCAGGCGUCGACGACGUCAACGGAGGACAACGACCACGACCACGAGGACCUCGUGCGCGCGGAGGCGGUCGCGCCCGCGAGCGACCCGUACGCUGCGCUCGACAAUGCGUUUGGAGGCUACGUCUCGGAUGGGCCGAGGCCGCAGCACAACGGGGAUGCGAAUGACGACUUGUUGUUCUGA